AGGCUGCGGGGGGAGGAGCGGCCAGUGUGGCGCAGAGGCCGCUGUGAGGAGGCUGUGAGGUGUGCUGUGAGGGUGUGGAGCUGUGUGCUGGUGUACCCCUGUGGCUCUACACACUCCCACCACCUGAGGACCUGCACCUUGUGCUGUGUGUUGUGUAGAGGGUGAGAGAGAGGCGGGACACCCUAUGUAAUUACUGACUCACCAGCCGGAUGGGCGAGUGAUGGAUGCAGGUGCACUGUGCUGGUGCUCCUCUGCCUGCUGACGCUGCCCCAGCCUGCUGCUCAGCCCCAGCCUGCUCAGCCCCUGUCUGCUGAGCACCAGCCUGACGCUCAGUGAAGACGACCAUAGUGGUCACUAAGGACCAGCCGGACGCCCCCAUAAGCCAGCACACUCACACACUCGGGGCCAGGUAUGGCCAGGUGGCCCCUGGGGUCCCCGGUGAGCUGGUGGGAGCACACGGGCCCCCGCCUCGGGCCCUCACUCCCACUACUCUCGUGUUGAGGGAGAGACAAGUGUGUGUGUGUGUGCUCAUGUAGUGUGAAGGUGGGUAAUGUUAGUGAGCACCAGCUCACAUUGCUCACACGUCACACUACUCACACUCCCGGACACUAUACUAUUUCAGUCUUUUACUCCUCAAGUAGAACUCUACUACUACUCCUCCUCAAGUAGAAGAACUCUACUACUUCUACUCCCCAAGUAGAAGAACUCUACUACUUCUUCUACUCCCAAGUAGAAGAACUCUACUACUACUUCUACCAAGUUCUACUCCCACCAUCAUCCACAGAUAAAUCUAUUAUUUUAUAACACUGUUGGCAUAUGGGCAGCUUGAAUUUUUGAAAAUGAAUGUGAGCGGCUUGGGAAAUGAGGGUGGAGGUGUGAACGCCUCUGCCUCGUCCAUCUUGGAGUACAGUGAUGGACAGAUCUCAGAGGUGGCCUUCUCCAAUCUCUAUCCAGCUGUUAUUGAGUGUUUUCUCAUUAUCCUCUGUGGGUACGUGGCAGGUCGCUGCAAUCUCAUAUCGCAGAUUGAGUCCAAGGGUCUCAACACAUUCGUGGGGACGUUCUCACUCCCAGCCUUAAUAUUCAUGUCCAUGGCACAAUUAGAUUUCAGUGCAGUCAAUUGGAUGUUCUUGUUGGCAAUCUGCAUUUCUAAAGCGACUGUGUUCUUCCUGGUGAUCCUGGUAACUCUGUUUGCUUACCGACCUGUUGAUUUUGGUAAAGCUGGACUGUUUGCCAUCUUCUGUACACAGAGCAAUGACUUCGCUCUUGGCUACCCCAUCAUUGCUGCACUCUACGGCAACACUCACCCCGAGUUUGCCUUGUAUCUGUACCUGGUCGCCCCAAUCUCCCUGGUCAUGUUAAACCCCAUCGGCUUCAUUCUCAUGGAGAUUGGGAAGCGUCGCAGAAAUAACCAGGACAGAGAUGAAGGCUCCGUCUCGGUGACCAAGGAGAGUAGGUGCAGUUUGGUGCUUCAGAUCCUUCGUGAUGUUCUACUGAAUCCCAUAGUACUUAUGACGACCCUGGGCAUUAUUGGGAAUUUUAUUUUUAACCACAAGCUACCAAAUAUCUUGGAAGGAAUUUUAAAGGUUUUUGGCCAAGCCUUUUCUGCAGCAGCACUCUUCCUCCUGGGCCUCCGCAUGGUCGGCAAAGUUCAAACUCUUAGGGGAUCUGGUCUCGUUAUUCCAGGAAUCCUCAUCGCUACCAAAACGCUGCUUCUGCCACUUACCACACGCCUGAUUGUUGGUCUCCUCCACCCUGGUAAAGAUGCCAACGAGACAGCCGACUACAGCAACUAUGGCUUCCUCUAUGGCACUUUCCCCACAGCUCCAGGAGUCUUCGUGUUUGCUUCCCAGUAUAAUGUUGCAGUUGACCUCAUAGCAAGUUCAAUGGUGGCAUGCACAUUCUUGUCAGCUCCCUUGAUGUUUGUCUCAGCCAAGAUGGUGACCCUGGUGAAGAUCAACCCUAUGGACUAUGUCAAGGAGCUUGAAACUGCUCUCUUCAAUGUCAGCAUCAUUGGACUUAUCUGUACGAUAUGGGUUUUAGCAGUGUUCAUCUUAAGCCGAAAAUGGAGGAAAGUUCCUCAUUUCAUCACUAUGUGCUUGGCUCUGUCUCAAGCUGUUGCUUGUGUUGGAGCACUUUUGUGGUCUGUGUUGGACUGCACUCACACUUGGAAGUUAUACCUACAGUUUGUGCUUUUCUCGUGGGGGGUGUUUUCUUCACGGCUCUGGACGGCUAUACUAGCCAUCACCCUCUUCCUCCUGCGCUGGCGGUCCCUCUGCUUUGUUCUGCGGCUUCGUCCUUUCCUGGCAAUCGUUGGUUGGGGGCUGCCAGCAAUCUUGGUGACCGUACUCAUUCUCAUGGUCCAGCAAGAAACAGAAGUAGCAGACAAGCAUGACCCGAAUUUUCAGUAUGGUUCCGCUCAAGCCAUUGUUGCUUUGCUGUUGCUCUGGUUCAGCCUUAUCACUACCAUAGUGUGCUUGAUUUUCCACCAGCGACAUGAACGACGCUAUGCACAGUACGAGUCACUACUCAACUUGGAUGACUCUGACGACCCCAGGUCUCGUACUCCAAGAGGGUCUCCACGCACGUCCACAGUAGAUGCUCCAAAAUUAAAUAUCAAUGGCGUCACAAGCAGCACUUCCACUGAUGUCGAGGACAGGACACGAGAUCCAGAGACUGGUGUCGAUGACAACAUUUCAUCUGAUAGCGAUAGCUUAUUUAGUCCACACGAUGAACUCGGUAGAGGCAACCGAUUCCGUCCUGAAUCGCGCAGUAGAGAUGAUUACUCUGAUGGUGACCAACGAAACUUGUUGGUAUCACAGCUCACGGAGCCAGAAGAGACCACCAUUGUCAGAGAUCGAGAUGAUGAGUUCCAGAUGAUGAGACAUGUUGUUCUACUGCUUUUCCUCUGUGGAUCUAUGAUUGUGGGAUUUGCCUUGUGCAUGUGGACGUUGGUGACGGAGGAGGUGAAUGGCGUGUACGUUGAACUGGUGUUCCUCGACAUUGUUCUUAACUUUGGCCAAGGGUUCUUCACUGCUGCAAUCUUUGGCUUGGACACAAAGCUCAUCAUGAUGCCACUAUUAAAAUGGUGGCGAAAAAUGUGUCAUGGUGCAGCAGCACUUAAGCUUCCUGCGUGGGAUGAUCUUGAUCCCAAGACUCGACAAACAUGCGAGCAGUUUACGAACUACCACAUGGACAAGUGUAUGAGGGACAUUGUCAGGGAUAGAAGAUGGAGAUUAAAGAAUCUGGCGGCUGUGUUUGGAGGAAAGGAGCUUGUUGACUGGCUGCUAAUGGUGGGACUCGCACACGACCGAACUGAUGCUGUGAAGUAUGGCCGGCAGCUGCUCCAGGGCGGCAUUAUCCGUCACAUUGACAACCUCCAUCACUUUCACGAUCAAGCACUCUUUUACACAUUCAGGUUUAAUGAAGGUGCUAUACAUUGAUGGCACCAAGUGUUACACACACCUGCCAACACAAUUUUAUUGAAAGGGCAAAAAUAAGACAUAUACAUAUAACAUUGUAUGGUUUGUGUUAUAUAUAUAUUUUUUUUUUAAGGAACCAUCACCAUAGAUGAGACGUGUAAUACACAUUAUUUUUAAUAAUUUAUUUUACUAGGGCAUUUAAAAAAUGUAACCAAAAAGAGUCGGGUUUGGUCAUACAUAUAAAUCUAUUUUUAUGAAAUUAAAUUAUGGAAUUUCUAAUUGGUAAUAUAGGUAGAGAAAAUCAGUCUUGAAUUAUAUAUUAAUAUGAUCGUAUGUUGUAGUUAAAACUGACCCUUUCACUCUGUGGAAUGUACAGUACCCGGUAUUUGUAAAUAUUCUUUACCACUCUGGACAAUAGUAGAAUGUUUAUGUACAGAACAAGUUUUUGUUGCAUCUUCAGCAACACUUGAAUAUCUAGCAAGAUGUAGACAGGUUCUCUGGGCAGCCAUUAAAAGUGGGAUGUGUCCUAAGGCAAGUACAACAAUAGAUUCAAAUACAUUUUCCAACUGGGAAAUACACUCUAGGACAUUCAGAUAGUGAUUUAGAUGCAGAUUUAAUCUCUUGGAUUAGAAUGUAUUUUACUUCAGUUUGUGCACAAAUCAUUGACUAUAGAGAGGGAGUCGGUUUCUUUAAUGCAAAUGCAACCAGUGAGAGUAUCAGUUUGAAGAUGAUGUAGAUUAUAAUGGUUCUUUCGUGGUACUGUAUUUAGUCGAAUCAGUAUUUGGUAAAACCAAAGUUCACAUUUUUAAUGUCUGGAUCUAUUCCACCCAUGGGAGGUGUAUACUAAAGGCCACACAGUGAGAGGGUUAGCUUUUAGUAAGAUUCUUUAUGCAUGCAUCCUUGAAUGUGGGAAACAGGGCAUAUAGAAUGUGAUAAUGCAUGGUAGAAAUGACAAUUGGUGUAUUUAUACAUUUCCACAGAAGUCUUGUGAACUAAACAGUGUCAGCAUGAUUAGGCGUUGAAAAAGUUGUUCCAUAAGUAUUUGUAAGCGUUUUUUUUUAAUGAGCAGUCUUGCAACCUAUGAAAACGACAGGAUUAUAAUUUUUCCCAUUUAAAUUUUGUUUGUUUUUUAAUUCUGGUUUUAGUUUAGGCAGUUACAGAAAGGAUAUAUUCCACAUUAAUAACACCUAACUUAAGAUGUCACAGUCUUCAGCUUGCUUUGAAAAUACUGUUACCUUACCUUGAGGUUACCUUGAGGUGCUUCCGGGGCUUAACGUCCCCGUGGCCCGGUCGUCGACCAGGCUUCCUGGUUGCCGGACUGAUCAACCAGGCUGUUGGACGCGGCUGCUCGCAGCCUGACGUAUGAGUCACAGCCUGGUUGAUCAGGUAUCCUUUGGAGGUGCUUAUCCAGUUCUCUCUUGAACACUGUGAGGGGUCGGCCAGUUAUGCCCCUUAUGUGUAGUUAUACUGAGAAUCCAGAAAUUUAUAAUGGCUAGAGAUUCUUUCCAAACACAUUAGCAGCAUGGGAUGGGAUGUCUUGGCCACAGCUGAGCAUGUUAUGCAGUGUUGAGUAGAGCAAGUUGGUACUUGAACAGUCUGCUGCAAGUGUAGUUUUUAAUACUACUUUUAGGAUCUUGAGAUAUAUUGCAGAAAAUUACUUGCUUGUUUAAGCUUCUGAUGAAAUAAACAUGAAAUUAUCCAUAUUCUAAGCUGCUUUUACAAAUUUGUCAUGUCCAAAUAACACUACAGGAUUGUCACAACUGUUGCCCAGUGUACUGCACUAUAGUAAUCAUAAAUUAUACAAUAGUAAUAAACUAUAUGCAUGGCUAAAAGAAGCCUUGUGGUAUUGGUUUUUGGUGUACAGGUAUUCUGAUCCAACUUCAACCCAGCUAUAAAUGCUUUCUCAUUGCCUCAGUGUAUCAUAGGGGCAUUACUGUUGAGUAUGCACGCACGUCAAGGUUACAUUGUUGCUCAACUUGUUUGGAUAAACCAGAACUGCCUUGUGUCCCUAGGACUGCCUGGGAGUGUGUGGAGAGAUGUUUGGAGUGCCAUAAGUAAUCUGUUGUAGCAAGAUAAUUCCUUGCUGCACACUUAAUAAUCUUUACAGACUUCCAUUUUAAAAGAAUAACAUGAUAUUCGUAUGUUACACACUCGGACCUUGACAAAGCACUCGGAAGAGUGCGAAAGACGGUGUAAAUUCCUUGCACAAAUACACAAGUGUGGGUUUUAUCCUGUAACACAAGUACUCCAUGCAACCAAUUACUAACCACAAGAAAGGUGAUUGUUAAAGAAAAUAUGUAAAGAACAAAUCUGUAAAUUGUUUGCUCAUGUAAUUAAUGUAUGCCAUUGGGUCAGAACCUUUUCAGUAUUACCAGUAGUAUUUACUUGCAUAAUUUAUGCAGCAUGGAUCCCACGAUUAUUAAUUAGUUUCCAAUAGACGAGCUUGAUUAAAUCACAAAUAUGUGCAUAAGUAAUAGACAUUUAGAAGGAAUUGCAAGCAUUGUUAGGAAUUCAGUAACCUGUGCAUUGUGGUCAGUAGACCUUAAUUACAAAAACCUAAAAAUGAAAUAUGAAGUGAUAACAUGGAAUGAAAUAUCUUUGAAAGAGGUAUGUACCGAGGGGCAGAUCAAUUAUGGUGCUAAGGUUGGGUUGAAAGAUUAAUGUAUAUUCUCUUCAGUAGGUAAAACCCAAAUAGAGGCUGUAGUUUAAAUACAUUUAAAGGUGCAAAGAUUAGGUUGUGAAAUAAAAGGUUUGCAAAAGCUGCCAUAAUGUAUUGUGACAGGUAGUUAAUAGUCAAAUAUAUUUAGUGAUCAAUAGGAAACCAAAGUUUUACUGUAUUUUUUAAUAAACAGCUGUAGAUGUAUUAAUCUAUUGCAGUAUAGUAACUUGUUCUUUGUUGGUUGCAUGUUUAAGUAAAUGCUAAUUUGUGUAAAGAAGGAAAAUGUCUACAUUAUGAGUGAAUGUGAUGAAACCUGCUGAUAUUUAUUACUCUAAAAUACAAAAUAAAAUCUGAUUAACAAUGAAAUAAGUAUUUAAAAUGUGCAGAUGAGUCGGUAACGUGGCUGAAGAUGUCAUGUCCAAAACUCUCAUCAGAAACGCCGUUUGUCUGUCCUGGACCGUUAUCACAUCACGAACGCUACUUGAUAAUGGUCCACGACACACUGAAACUACACUGUUUUAUCAAUUUUUUCAUGUGUGGUUUGGAUAUCAUACUUCAAAUGUGUACAAGCUAGUGAAAAUGUGUUUUUUUUUUUUUUUAAUACACAAAUGUCUUCAUACUCAAAAUACAGUUUAGAGCUUACAGUACAUAGAUAUUGAGAAACAUUUAUGAAAUAAGAUGAAUGGGUGCAUACAUACAGGAAUGUAAGAUAGCAGGUGUGCAUUUGAGAAUGGGCAUAUGUGUAAACAUAUUAUUUAUAUAUUUAGUGUUAUAAACAUGUGGAUCAUGUUACACACCUAGUCACUAGUGUGCGAUAUUGCCGAAUGUUACAAUGUAGUCCUUGUGAAAAUGUAUUGCAAGUAAUUUAUUAUUCAAUAAAGUCUGCUAAAAUCA